AUGACUGAAGUUACUAUCAAGGUCGGUGCUUAUCUUAACAAUAAAGGCCUCUCAAACACAACAUCCGUUUCAAUCGCAGAUGAAGGUUUAUUUGAAGGAGAAAUUGCUACCAUCAUUGAAAUUUCUGCCUUUAAUAUUAUUGGCGAUCAUGCCUUGUCAUAUGUCA